AUGAGGACAAUCUGUAAAAAUAUUGGAGUUCCUGUUAGGCCAAAGAAAUAUGUUGCACCAUCAACUUCAAAUGAGGAUGACCACCUAUUAUCUCAAGAUGAACAAGCUUUGAAUGAGGCUGAAGAAGCUGCUGCUCAUGUUCAACAAGAUCCGGUGGAGAUUAAUUUAUCUCAGCCUCAUUUGUCACAAGAUAGUGACAUGGAGUUGAUGGUCCCUGCAACUAUUGUUCCACCAAUAGCAAGGAAUAAGCUAACCAUAACAAGAGCCAAACAAAGGAAGGUUGCUGAUAAAGAUGAUGCAGAAAACUGAAGAAGCAUUUUUUGUUGCAUUUUGAAGGUUGCUGAAGGUUGCUGAAGACCCAU